AUGUCUGCCAAGUCCAUCUUCGAGGCCGACGGCAAGGCCAUCCUCAACUACCACCUGACGCGCGCCAAGGUCAUCAAGCCCUCGCCGCUGCCCGCCUCCACGACGCACAACCCGCCGCCGAGAUUGGCAUCGCUGCACUUCCCGGAGGAUGCCACUGUCGAGUCCGUCCUGGACCAGGCCGAGGUCACCUACCCGUGGCUGCUGCAGGCCGGCGCAAAGUUCGUCGCAAAGCCCGAUCAGCUCAUCAAGAGACGGGGGAAGAGCGGUCUGCUGUGCCUGAACAAGCCCUGGGCCGAGGCCAAGGCCUGGGUCGCUGAGCGUGCCGGCAAGGUCCAGAAGGUCGAGAGCACCGAGGGUGUCCUGCGGCACUUCCUGGUUGAGCCGUUUGUCCCGCACAAGCAGAACGAGGAGUACUACAUCAACAUCAACUCCGUCCGUGAUGGCGACUGGAUCCUUUUCACCCACGAGGGUGGUGUUGACGUUGGUGAUGUCGACGCAAAGGCCGAGAAGUUGCUAAUUCCCGUCGACCUGUCUGAAUACCCGUCGAACGAGGAGAUUGCCGCGACCCUCCUCAAGCACAUCCCCAAGGGCCUGCACAACGUACUAGUGGACUUCAUCACCCGCUUAUAUGCUGUCUACGUUGACUGCCAGUUCACCUACCUCGAAAUCAACCCCCUGGUGGUCAUCCCCAACGAGGAUGCUACCUCUGCCGCUGUUCAUUUCCUGGAUCUGGCUGCCAAGCUGGACCAGACUGCCGAUUUCGAGUGCGGUGUGAAGUGGGCCAUUGCCCGUUCGCCGGCUGCCCUUGGCCUGACCAACAUUGCUCCCUCCGGCUCCGGCGUCAACAUCGAUGCCGGCCCGCCGAUGGAGUUCCCCGCGCCGUUCGGCCGUGAGAUGACCAAGGAGGAGGCGUACAUUGCUGAGCUGGACGCCAAGACGGGUGCCUCGCUGAAGCUGACCGUCCUGAACGCCAACGGCCGCAUCUGGACGCUGGUUGCCGGUGGUGGUGCCUCGGUCGUCUACGCCGAUGCCAUUGCUUCUGCCGGCUUCGCCGAUGAGCUGGCCAACUACGGCGAGUACUCGGGUGCGCCGACGGAGUCGCAGACGUACCACUACGCACGCACUGUCCUUGACCUGAUGCUGCGCGCACCAAUGAGCCCCAAGGGCAAAGUGCUGUUCAUCGGUGGUGGCAUUGCCAACUUCACCAACGUGGCGUCGACAUUCAAGGGUGUGAUCAAGGCGCUGCGCGAGUACGCCAAGGCCCUGAACGAGCACAACGUGCAGAUCUGGGUGCGCCGUGCUGGUCCCAACUACCAAGAGGGCCUGAAGAACAUGAAGGCGGCGACCCAGGAGCUUGGCCUGAACGCCAAGAUCUUCGGCCCCGAGACGCACGUGUCCGGCAUUGUUCCCCUGGCCCUGAUCCCGGGCCGGUGGGAGGAGUCGAAGCUGGAGGAGUUCAAGGCUUAA